AUGAACGCAAUCGGUGAUGUGUCUCCCACCUUGGGCCCAACUCAACUUGCUGCCGGAAACGCUCCUCCAACGCCUCCGCACGAGAAUGCGCUCGACGAUAUCUACGGUUCCGCGCCCGCGUCACCCACUCUCGCUGCGAACAUCCCACAUGCACACAACCAUGAGAUACUCUCAGACCUUCCAUCCCGUCAACGUGCGCUAGACACAGAUGCAUAUCGUGAGGGUCUAGCGAAUAGUAAGGGGCAAUACGUACAGGAAGGCUUCGAUGAAGGCUACUCCCUAGGCGCAAAUCUGGGUUUGAAGGUGGGCUACAUACUAGGAGUCCUACAAGGUUUUACUGCUGCAUGGAGAGGUCAUGACAAGCAGAUCCACAAAGAAGUAGCAGAAUUCUACGAAUCUGCGCGCAAGGAGCUUGCAAUCGAGGAGUUGUUGGGUCGCCAAUGGGUAGAUGAGGAAGGAAUAUGGAAGUGGGGUGUUGUAGGGAAGGAUGAAGAUCCCACAUUCAGAGAGGUAUCGGAUCAGCAUCCUCUAGUGAAGAAGUGGAUAGAUGUUGUUGAGGAACUGGCAAAGAGGUGGAAUGUUGAUCUCCAGGCUGUGGAGAAAAGUCAAGUGCCACAGGAUGACCAGUCGUGA